AGAGUCAUCAGUUCGAAAACGUUAAAGGCUACUCAGAGAGUGACUGAUAUAUUUAUACCAAGAAGGACAGACAGAAUAGUUCGUUUCAGUGAGUAGGUCUUUUUUAUUCUUAAGUAUGGCCCAAUUAAUUCUUGUGCUAUUUUGUUCCGUCAAGUUCUAAAAGUCUUAACGGUCCUCGCUCGCACGUCAAAGUCUUCAUUUAUUAGGCUUUAAUAUUUUGUACUGAACAGGCAAAUCUCAGGAUAUCGAUGAGAUACGCAUUAUGCUGCCACGUUACCUGUAAAUACAAGCUAUCAGUAAGCCCUUUGACAGUCUAUGAAUUUGGUCUGCUGGUGUACGGGACUAUUUUGAGUGUACCAUGACAUAGGGUGCUAUGAGGUUGAAGUAUUGAAACAAGUUUUGUACGGUGUGGUACUUCAAUAGUGUAAAAGCUCACUUGGUAAUUACAAUUAUGCAAAUAUUUCUCCGUUGAUGUAUACAUAGUCAAAUUCUAUUGCGUGCAUCAUUUUGUUUGGAAAUGCGAUAAAUUUUGAAAAUUAAAUUUAAAACGCCAAGAAUUCUGCUCAUGCAUCAUGGAGUUGUUUGGAGAGCUUAUUAUUAUUUAAGAUCUUAAUUUGAUUAUCCCAGGCAUUUAUUUCAGACCCCAUUGCCUAAAGUGGCAAAGUUUGACUUAUUCUUAGACUAGGGAUGACUUAAUUAUUAUCAACAAAUGAAUGCAUAAUAAACAACUGUUUACAAAACCCCAUAGAUUAAGGCAACAAUAUUUAACGUCAAUUCAUUGUUUGUUUUUUAAGCCAGGAUCAAGGGUCCUGAUGUUAGUAACAUUUGCAAAAUAUUUUUAAACUUGAGCUCAUACUUGGUCCAUACCAUUCAAGAAGGGUGAUCCUCGAUCAUGUGAAUAUUUCCAAUGGUCAUAGUCGCCUUGCAACCUAGUUGGCCAUGAAUUACGUAGAUUUUUCAAGUACCUAGGCUGCUUGGUCUGAUUUCUUCAAUACAGAGGCCCCCUUAAAUGGGAGUAUGUAUGUCAGUAGUCGAAAAUUCAAAGCCAGUGUCAUUUGGCAUAUAAUAAAGGAGGAACCCAUGUUUUCAUCUGUAUUUUACUGAUGUUGUUGUCUUUGUCACUGUUUCAUUUUCAACCCAUUAUAUGUCAUUUGUUGCCAUUUCAUCUGUCAUAUAUGGCUGUUUCAAGGCCAUACGGCUCAUCAGAACCCUAACAGAGCCUCAAAUAUGCACAUUUGUUAUUGUAACAUAAUUUUCACAUAGGGUAUGUAAACUGAGAUUUUUGUAAACUAAAAAGGAUGCUAAUCUGUGGAGAGAAUAUUUUGAGUGGUGACGUGGUUUGAAGUUAAACAUUACUGUGUUGUUUUCUUAUUAUAUUUAUAUUAUUGUAUCCAAGUUUACUCUUGUUCAUUAUUCCUUGCAGACAUAUAGCUGAAUUUUGAUCCAAGAUGUUUUCAGUUCUACCGUUAGCACAUCGCCUUUUAACUUCCUUUUCCGAUGCCUUAACAGGAAGAAAAAAGGUAUCAGAUUUUUUUCCUUCUGAGGGUUUCAAGACCCUUCGUAUAGAAAGCUCUUAAUAAUCUUGAUCAUUAAAAAAUCCUACAUUUAUUUGUUCAAUAACAUUUAGUGGCUGACAAAAGCUAAAGCUUACUGGUAAUUUAACGUGAUGGGAUAUUACCCUUUCCCUUAGAUAUUUACGGUUAUUUGCUGGCUACUUCCCCUUCCUCGUAACUUGCACUUUCUCUUGUUUUUCCUUUGAUUUUUUAUUUUCUUACAAGGUUUACCAUUCCCUGCCAUUUUUAACACAUUCCUUUUUCAUCCUUUAAUGAUGGUGGAGUUCACAUUAUUAUUACGUUAAUGAUAAUAAUAAUAAUAAUUAUGAUAAUGAUAUUGAUAAAGAUGUACUCAUUGCGUGUUGCCAAAGCUCAAUGUGCCUUACAAUACUGUAAUUAUUAAUGCCUACAUAAAACAUUAAAUAAGGACAGAAAUCCCUAUCUAAUGAUAUACAACUUUUUAUAGCUGUUUACUUUUUUGUUUUCUUGCAGAUUGUUAAUGUUUUAGAGACAUUUAACUUAUCACGUGAAUCCCUUGAGGAAAUUGUCAACAUUCUUGUUAGUGACUUUACUAAAGGCCUCUCCGCCGAUGAACGAGUACGAGCAGAAAGCCCAGUAAAAAUGCUUCCAACCUAUGUGCGAGCAAUACCUGAUAGAACAGAAGAAGGAUCCUUUUUGGCUCUGGACUUAGGGGGUAGCAACUUCCGGGUGCUUCUGAUCACAAUUGACCAAGGCACUGUUUAUAUGGAAAGUGAAUUGUACCCACUGGAUAAAGCUUUGAUGACAAGUGAUGCUAUAACACUUUUUGAUUACAUCGCUGAUUCCAUCGCUCUGUUUGUCAAGAAACAAGGAGUCGGUUCUAAACAUUUACCCCUUGGGUUUACAUUUUCAUUUCCAGUUCAACAGCUAUCAUUAACUUCUGGUUUGCUGAUUAAGUGGACCAAAGGUUUCUCUGCUGCUGGUGUGGAGAAUAAAGAUGUUGUCAAACUUCUCAGAGAGGCGAUUGUUAGAAAAGGAGUGGUGAGUCUUUAUAUAUUACGUAAAGGCUGUGAGUUCUUGAUUUACAUGUACCAAAGUAAGUUUUUUGGUCACAAUUAAUUGUCUAGCUAAAUAUGAAUACGAUUCCUCUUUAGUAGAUUGGUGUAAAAGUCUGGCUGUUGUGAUAUUCACAAUGUCAGAAAAUUCAAGGGAAGCUCUGCUUGAUUAUGAUACAGGUCAAAUUUGACUUAGGGUUAAUUUUGAUUAAACCUAAUUUGAUUCUCAAUAGCUGCAGGAGACAAAGGAAAUGGAGAAUCAACCUAGGUUUAUUAAUUUUGUACAGAUAAUUUGCUAUCACUGUCUUAUGAGACUUCUUGUAAACUUAUUAUUCAAUAAUAUUAUAAUGAUAAGCCGAGGAUAAAAUUGAAUGGCUACCAGAUGGUAGAAAUUUGAUUUCAUUUGCCUGUAAUCAAUAAUUAUUUAACACUACUGAGCAUGUGAAUGUCUCUAUAUACAUGUUGAGCAAAAACCCUCACCUCAAAACAACAUGCAGCCUCUAAAGUGUUAGGUACCCCAAGGUUGACCAUUGUGCAGUGGUUCAUCUGCCCACUUUUGCAAGUGAGUCAGCUCAACAUGAAAACUGCUGUUUUUAAUUUUCAGAAUGCAAGCGUGGAUGUUGUGGCACUUGUCAAUGACACAACAGGCACAAUGAUGUCAUGUGCAUUUAACAACCCUGAUGUCAGUGCAGGAUUGAUUCUAGGAACUGGAACAAAUGCCUGCUAUAUGGAGAGCCUUGAUAAUGUACCAAAAUGGACUGGUGAUUGUAAAGAUCCACGAGAAGUUAUCAUCAACACUGAAUGGGGAGCAUUUGGUGAUAAUGGUUCCUGGAAUCAUUUAAGAACAGCCUUUGAUGAGAAAGUGGACAGAGAGUCCAUUAAUCCUGGAAUGCAGUUGUAAGUUUUUUUGGUUCUUUUGCUUUUUUUCAAGUGCUGCUGUCUAUGCAGUGACGAUUACUCACCUAGAAUAAAAUUAUUUUUAGUAAGAAAAAAUAGGUUCUUUGUUAAAAUGAAGAAAACAAGCAAAGCAAAACAAAAAGAAAGAGCCUUUAGUUGGGGGCAUAUUAUUACAGUUUCCAUAUAUGUCACCCUGCAAACAUAGCCCCUUUUUGACUUUUUUUCAAUCAAGGAGAAGAAAAGGAUGCUCUGCCUAAAUCUCAUCAAGCCUUUGAAGAUGCCACAGUCCAAACUUUUGGACUAGUUAAUUUUGUUUUCUCUCAUCGAACAUUUUUUUUGAGUGCAAGCAUCCAGUUUAUCAAUAAAUUUUAUUGAUAAACUGAUUAUCAUCAUGUUUGUGAUAAAGCUAUGUACAGUUUAAAGAUUAUAACAACUGAGACCAAAAAAUGCACUGUUUUUCAAAUUCUACCAGAGAUCCAGACAUAUCAAUUGAAGAGUCAGCGUGCUAAGAAAGUCGUGUCCGGGCUAGUGGGUUUUGCUAUCGGGCUAGUGUUUUUUGUUCUUAACUUGCCCAACGGGCAAGUUUGGGGAAAUUCAAAUCACAGAAGGAUUGUUAUCAAUCCUGCUAAUCAAAAAGGGUUUUGGGGCUAGUUGAAAUGACUUGUGGGCUAGUACAUGCUAGCUACAGCUUGCCUGAAUGGCAGGCUGUAAAACUGACUUUCUUUGCACCCUGAGAGUUCAUCAUGUUUAUGGCAGCUGAGAACAAACAUCAGAUUCAAGUUGACAAGUUCUCAAAUUAGGAAAUGAGCAGAUAAAAAUUAUUCAAUAAAUAAUUCUUGACAAUAAACCCUGUCAUGAAACUUGUUAAUAUUUUUGUGCAAUGUGUAUAAUGUCAAGAGAGAAUUAUGGGAGAGAGAGGUAAACACCCAGUCUAGCCCUUAGGAUAUGUGAGUUUCACCAAAGUUAUUUUUAGACCAAUUAAACCCUUGAAAUUAAUUGGAAGUUGGUUUCUGGAGAGUUUAUUCAGUGUUGUCAAGAGAGAAUAAUGUGCCAUUAUGCCCUCAUGGCUGUUUCAAAUCGAUGUUUACCAUAAAUUUUGCUAUAAACAGGAUUCUUAAUCUCUCUAAUAAUCCACUUAAUAAUAGUUAAGUGUGUCACAUUUGUUUCAUUUUUAUUUUGUCAGUUAUGGGGUCCUCUUAGGGGGAAUGUGUUACAGGUCAAAAUUAAAUUCAGGUUAAAAUUUUUUAACCUAGGUUAAAAAAUUUUAACCUGAAUUGAAUGUUGACCUGUAACAGAUUAUGUAAAGUACAUAUUGUCCCCAGUCUGAAUUUAAAUGUGGUUGUUCUGCAUAUUGUUGCUGUCGGUACACAUGUAUUUUAUUAUUGUAUUUGUGAUUUUCCCAAUGUUGUACAUAAGCAGGUUCAACCCAUCUUUGUGUUGUUUGUUUCCAUGUGAUCUGUAGUAUGUCUCUGUUUCAAGGCCGUGUCACUUGUCAGGCCUCAGUUAAGCUAAUUAUUAUGCACAUGGUAAACACAUGAUUUCCAUAUGACCUGCAUGUGAAAUGUUGUGUAUUUAUUUUGUCAGUCAUUGAUACAGUCUGUAACAUGCACAUGGUAAACACAUGAUCUGCAUGUAACUUGCAUGUGAAAAGUCCUGGGUAUUUUUCUUGUAGUCAAAUACCAUCCUUGACGUAAGAAAUAACCGUAGUUACUAAAACAUGGAACGACCUAAAACCAUCUACAACCACCUGCAACCACCUCAAAAAAUUCAACAACCACCUACAACCAUCUACAACCACCUCAAAAACAUCUACAACCACUCGCAAACAAUCUAAAACCAUCUAAAACAAGGUAUAAAUGUCUCAAGUAAGGCGAGACGACAACAUGUCACGUACAUGAAAUACGAGAAUCGAACAAAACAUCCACUUCCCCCCAAAAUCUUACUCUCCCUGGUCCCUUGUAUCAUCAACCAUUGGCUUAAGUCACGAAAUGAAAUGCGAGAUCAUGCUAAGUAUAUUAAAAGACUUAAAGAACUUUACAAAAUGAACUAUCAAGUCACAAAAAUAAUAAAAUAAAAUAACAAACUCGUAGUCGAAAGACUGACUUGAUUUGGCUUUUUCUACCCUGGGUACCAGUGAGACGUUUUGGUUCACGUUCCAUUCGUUUACCUAAUAGCACAAGGUAGGGUUUCUCUCUCUCUCGGAGAGGUAUUAUAUAACGUCGUGGUUUGGAGAUAAGAACUAGACGGAUUUUAAGAGAAAAGGCGGAAUGCAAGCAGUCUAGAAAAAGUAUGUAUAAGAAUGGUCUGCAUUAGAAAUAUUUUAAAGGAACUGUACGUACCUUCGGGAUCUUCCUUUGGCACGAACGCCAUGGUGCCUGGCUGCGUUCAUACCGCACACAGUUGUACGAAUGGUGACACGUUAUGCAAUGGUGACUCAUGAUCACGUUUUGCUCCAGCUGAGAUUAUAAAUGAAUUUUCCAGACAUAUUCCAGACUUCGCACCAUAUGUAAUCACUGGUAAUGUGACAUUUUAAACAUGAUUUUAAAACAAUUAAAAAUCACAAACCAUCAGUUGUUGCUUAAAUUAUAAUCAAAUUGUCGAUGAGUUUCACAAGAGAGAGGAAACAAAAUCAAACUUAUAUCCCAGCCCUCCCAACAUAAGAGGACAGUGCGGUGGAAGUUUUGUGCUAAGCUUAAUGGUUGAUAAUACAGGGGACCAGGGAGAGUAAGAUUUUAGGGGGGAAGUGGAUUUUUUGUUCGAUUCUCGUAUUUCAUGUACGUGACAUGUUGUCGUCUCGCCUUAUUUGAGACAUUUAUACCUUGUUUUAGAUGGUUUUAGAUUGUUUGCGAGUGGUUGUAGAUGUUUUUGAGGUGGUUGUAGAUGGUUGUAGGUGGUUGUUGAUUUUUUUGAGGUGGUUGUAGAUGGUUUUAGGUGGUUUUAGGUGAUUUUAGGUCGUUCCAUGUUUUAGUAACUACGAAGAAAUAACAGUAUUAUAAAUGCACUUUACUGUUUUGUCAAAAAUGAAUUUUUGUAAUACCUGUAAAAGCAUUUUACAAAGAGAUGUUUCACCAGUCAGACAUCAGUUGACAGCCACAAUUCAUGGUUAGACUCUUAGAGAGAAGUCAUGUUCACUCUUGAGACUUUGAGAACUACCAGCCCACCAUCUCAUCACCUGUGAUUUUUGUUACUCUAUUCAGAUUUGAGAAGAUGAUAUCUGGAAUGUACCUUGGUGAAAUCGCCAGAGUUGUUUGUAUGGAGCUUAUUCAGAACAAACUCCUUUUUAAUGGCCAGGCUGGGAAGUUUAGUACUAAAGACAGCUUUCAAACCAAAUUUGUUUCAGAUAUUGAAAGGUAAGGUGAAAAGAAGAAAACUGGUGAUGUUAAUCAAUUUUACAUUUAUUAAUCUGAUCUUGUCUGAGAAAAAUCAAGGAGUAAAAUUCCCAGAAAAAUGGACACUGGUAAAAUGAAAUUAAUAGGUGUCAUCAAAUGGCAAACUGGUGAAAUUAUUCCCAAUUUUACUUGUCACCAUUUGAUUACAUUCUACUAAUGAUCAUCAAUUUUUUUUCCAAAGAAAUACCCAUACAGAUUCUCAUUCAUGUUUUCGUAACAUUUUUUUCAACAGCCAUGACAGAUACAAGAUUGAUCAGGUCAUAAAUGAAAUGAGAGUGAAUGCAUCUGAGUCUGAUAUUGAGAUAUUAAAACAAGUUUGCACCGCUGUUUCCAUCAGAGCUGCCAGGCUAGCUGCUGCAGGAAUUGCUGGAAUUGUCAAGGUAUAAUCAUGUAAAUCUUUAUUGUACCAAUUGAUGUAAAUUAUUUUGUGCAGCCCUAACUUUGUGUCAAAGUCAUUGAUGAGAAAGACACGGCUAGAGAGCGUUAGAAGCUACACUGGAGGCCGAAAAUCAUUGGAACCAUUACUGAAAACCUUCCUUCAUCAGCGCUAACAAAUCAAAUAUGCAAGUGUACCAUAGUAUCCACUUUUGAUAUAGUUUGGAUGCCUGAAAUGGCCCUCCCCUCCCCUCCCCACUCUAAACAAUGUUGGGAUAACUGUUGUAGAUUUUUUUUUUCUCAGGUAAUUUUUGCUUUUCUUUUGUUUUUGGUUAUGGUAAUGUCUGCUAAUGAAGUCGAAACAAAGGAAAAAUAAAAAUUUCCUGAGAUAAAAAAUUAACUACAACAUAAACACUUUUCAGUGUACAGGGUGCACAAAAUACAACUUUGUUUGUUUGUUUGUUUCAUUCUAUUACACUGAUCAUUUAAAUUUGCAGAAUUAAAUAUAUUGCCAAAAAGUGAAUCUUUUGCCAUAUCUGUCUCCUUAAUGUACAACUGCAUAUAGCGAUUACGGUGCAUACUAUCACGAAAAAAUAUGCUGGUACUUCUUUUUUGUUGCUGUAUCAUAGUAAAGAAAUUUUUUUCCCUUAGUUAAAUACACAUUUAAGCUGUCAAUACGAUUCAUUGAAAUUUAGUAGUUUAAACCCAAUGUUUUUAUUUUUUCAAAAAACAGAAAACAAGGAACUAUACCACUACUAUUGCUGUUGAUGGCAGCCUGUUUAAGAAGCAUCCAAAGUUUAAGGGAUACAUGGAAGAAACACUGAGAGACAUUUUACCAAAAGGCAAUGUUACUCUUAUGCUGUCCGAGGAUGGUUCUGGAAAAGGGGCAGCACUUGUUGCUGCAGUUGCAUCCAAAAAAUAUUAAGCUAAUUUUAUUAUAUAAACACCAAUGAAAUACCAGGUGGGCUUUCGCGCGAAAACAUGAUAUCUUCACGCGUGAAAAUAACAUGUUAUUUGCACGUGUGAAAAUAUCACUGUUGCUAUUGCUACAUAAUAAAUCGCGCCUUUCGCAGGAUAAAAUGGUUUGGCAUUUCAUUGGUGUUUAUAUAAUAAAUAGAACAUUACAUGGCCGCUUGGAGAUACGAAAUUUCUCUUCUCGUGUUGAAACACUCGUGAAAUAUUUUUCAACACUCGAAGAGAAAUUUCGUAUCUCCAAGGGGCCAUGUAAUAUCAUCUAUAUAAUGCGCAGUGAAAACUGUGUCGUCACAAGGUGAACAAGAGACCCGUGAGUUCUAAGACAAGUACAACUACGAGUAGGAGAUUUUCUCAACACUAAGUAGUGCUCGCGCGCAAGUCAGCGUCGUUUUGCGGAAAAACGUGAUAGCCGUCUUUCUACCAUCAGUUUUAGCAUAGACUAUGGUUUUAACGAGAAUGUGGUAAUGGUCGUCGUAGUGACCAAAAAAAGCAGGCACGAAUCUAGGAUAGAUACUGGCCAAUUUCCUAAACAAGCGCGAGCUUGUAGGGUGGUCAGGAGGCGGGCUUCCCCACCUGGAAAUUUUUGUGGAUUUUCACUCCUUGAAUUCCCUUUUCCUGGGUUUUUGAGUCAUUCAGACAGGGUAUUGGUCAGAUUUCGACUUUGAAAGUGUUUUUUUAUUGUUCAAAAUAUAUUUAUUAUGAAAAAGGUGACCGAUUUCCGUGAAACAGUGGAAACCGGUGUGGAUCCGCGCCUGAAAAGUUUAUCAAAUGUUAGAAGUUCUUUCAUUUUGUGAUCACUUUUUGGGUGAAAAAAGUGCAAAAAAGCCUUUCGAGAUGUCUAUUUUUGAGAAUACGCGAAAAAAAAUUGAAACAAAUCUGCUCCUCGAAGUCAUUCUCGUCUUUGAAUCUAUUAAGGUCUCUAAUUUCAAGGAGAAAGAUGUAAAUUUAUAUCAGUUGAAUUACUCCUGAUUCGAGCACAUUGUAAAUUUUACAAGAACCUCAUAUUUGUAUCAUGGAACGCGUGCUCUUUUUGGUUCUAGAUAAUAACUCCGUACUUAAUCCCUACAUCUGUUACUAUAAAUAUAUGAACACUUCUAAAACAUGAACACUGUAACUUACUAAGGUUGAACAUUUUGUUGAAAAUGUUGUUUAAGCAAGCACCUGUGUACAAAAAGCCAGUAGUACCUAGUUUGAUUUGUGUAGACAAUAUUGUCACAAAAUUGAACAAAGUAAGUCAACAUCUCAUUUAGCCAUCAUCCUUCAUUUUUUCAAUGACAGUAAAAUUAAUCUGUGUUGUGCACGGAUAACCAUGAAAAUUUUCAUUUUCCAAAAACUUGUGAUGAAAUUGUGACGAAGUUUGGAAUACAAUGAUGCUUUUGUCCCUUGGGAUGCUGUUAACACAGGUUUUUCUGUCACUGUAGACCUCAAAACAGUCGGGUUUUUCUCAAUAGGUAUUGCAAGCGCUUUCGACGUGAUGAGAAAUUCAAGUUCCCCUGUCUCUCUCCUGUAUCAAUCUCCGUUUUCACCCAGCUCCAAUCGCUCCGGACCACACCUUUACUCUGACCGCUCGCGCGAGCGCGCGAUGUUAACCUAGGCGGAAAAGGGGCUGUUUUGAAGUUAACCGUCACUUAUUCGUAAGUGAAGAAAGCCAAAGUGAAAUAAAAAUAUCUUUGGUAUUUUAAACAUUUGAAUAUAGCGCGAAAAGGUUGUAAAGUAGUCGUUAGAUAUUCCUUCAAAUUUAAAUAUAGUCAUAACACUGCACAUGUUGUAAAGCCUUGAAGAAAAGUGGUUUUCAGGCUUCUUUGUAACAAACGUUUGUAAGCUCUGAUACCUUCUCUCUCUAAGGGUCCGUCCUUGUGAGUCAUUUUUUGGGUCAACCUAAUUUCGAAUUCAUUGCCUCGCCGAACUCAAAUGACUCCGUCCUCUAUAGACAUCAGUUUCGUCAGUUGCAUCAUCUGGUUAACCUACAUGCCCAUAUAACGUAUUGAAAAUGGCGCCGAAAAUGCAGACGGAUAACAAAAAAAUUGGUAAAAAGGUCACUCUAAAUACUACAAGAUUCACAAGAUAAGGAAUUACAUUCUCCUAACGUCCAACGCUUAAAAAGAGCUCACGUAAUAUCUUUUUUUCGCCGUAUGCAUGUAAGGGAGUCUAAGAUAGUCUUGGAUUCUGGAUUCCACAUGCAAACGUAUACUUUCCCAGAUUCGCCUUACAUGGGGCGAUUUUUUCUCUCUUUUUUCCACGAAAAUGGUUUGUUUCAGCCCGUUGCGCCAAAGAAAACGAGAACUGGACAAACCCUAGUUCUUCCCACUAUUCAGCCACGCAUUCAAAGUUUGGUCCAUAAUCCUUUUGGUUUUAAAGCAGAGCAAACUGUAUGAAUUUAAAGUAGCCCAUUCAUAGUUGAAUGUUUGUAAAUUGCUAUUUGCCAAUUGAGAAGGAUUGUAGUGUUGGUCAUCAAAUCUGGGGUUGAAUACACGAGGGUUCUAUCUAUACUUUCUUUCU